AUCUGUCUCUCUUCUGUACUCACACCAAUUCCAUUAUUAUUAUCUUCUUUUUCUUUUUCAUUUCCAAAUUUGUCACACAAACACACCCAAACUCAAAAUCAAACACUCUUCCACAUAUUUCUGCUUAUAUAUAUAAUAAUAUAAAAAAUUUAUAUGCUUACAUUUUUUCUGUAUCUAUAAAUCAACCAAUGGCAGAAUCAACAACAAAAUACAUGCCAGUACACAAUGGAUUUUCAUCAUCACAAUCAUCACAAGAUAUACAUAAAUUCACAAACAUAUUUUCAUUAUUUAAAAAAACUAAAAAAACUAAAACUUUUGCUUAUAUUUUCAUCUCAAUUUUUAUAGCUUUUACUGUUUUUUUAGCUUUUAAUCCUUCUCCUAAUAAUCCUUCUUCUCCUUGGUUUUCAAAUAUUUUUUCAAGUACAACUCUUCAAGCCAAUAGUACAACUUCUUCUUCUUCAAUUAGAUCUCAUUUUUCUUCUAUUUAUUCUUAUCUUUUUAAUUCCACUGUUUCUGGAUCUGUAACUGUUGAUGAUACAAGUUUUACACACAGUGAAGGUGUAUUUACACACAGUGGUGGUCAAAUUAGGUCAAAUCAGUCAACACACAGUGAAGGUGUAGUAGGUGAAAAAAAAGGUGUGAAUCAGACUGUGAUUACACACAGUGAAGGUGUAGUAGGUGAGAAAAAAAGUGUGAAUCAGACUAGAGUGCAAAAUGUAACACACAGUGAAGGUGUGGUAGGUGAAACUGUAAAAAAGUUAAAUCAGUCAGUUACUGGUAAAUUUGGGUUAAAAUCGGCCGAAAACGAUAAGGCGAAAAAUGAGGAGGAGGAAAUGGUGAAGAAAUUGGUGAAAUGUGAUAUGUUUGAUGGAGAAUGGGUGAAGGAUGAAAGUUAUCCAUUGUAUAAACCAGGAUCAUGUUCUUUAAUUGAUGAACAAUUUAAUUGUUAUAAUAAUGGUAGACCUGAUAAAGGGUUUCAAAUGCUUAAAUGGAAACCAAAAGCUUGUACUUUACCUAGGUUGGAUGGAAGUAAGAUGUUGCAAAUGUUGAAGGGGAAACGGUUGGUUUUUGUUGGUGAUUCGUUGAAUAGAAAUAUGUGGGAAUCGCUGAUUUGUAUCCUUAAAAACUCGGUAAAAGAUCAAACAAAAGUUUAUGAAGCAUCAGGCAGGCACCAUUUUAGAUCGGAGCCUUCUUAUUCAUUUGUUUUUAAGGAUUACAAUUGUACAGUUGAGUUUUUUGUGGCUCCAUUUAUAGUUAGAGAAUCUGAAACAAAAGACAAAAAUGGAACAAAGAAGGAGACGCUUCGGCUUGAUUUAGUUGGUACCUCAGCCGAUCAGUACAAACAGGCUGACAUUAUUGUUUUCAACACGGGCCAUUGGUGGACUCAUGAAAAAACCUCCAAAGGGAAAGAUUAUUAUCAAGAAGGUAGCCAUGUCUACAAUGAGCUUAACGUUUUGGAGGCAUUCCGUAAAGCCAUGACAACAUGGGGAAGAUGGGUCGACGCGCAUAUAAAUCCCAGCAAAACUCUUGUCUUCUUUCGUGGUUAUUCUGCUUCUCAUUUCAGAGGAGGGCAAUGGAAUUCCGGAGGGCAAUGUGACAAUGAAGUCGAGCCUAUAAAGAACACAACUUACUUAUCACCAUAUCCUGACAAGAUGAAGACAUUGGAGAAGGUUUUAAGAGGGAUGAAAACCCGAGUCUCGUAUCUAAACAUAACAAGAUUAACAGAUUUUCGAAAAGACGGGCACCCUUCAAUUUACAGAAAGCAGCAUUACUCUGAAGCAGAAAGAAGAUCGCCAUUGCACUUUCAAGAUUGCAGCCACUGGUGUCUUCCUGGUGUUCCGGAUUCCUGGAAUGAGAUACUGUAUGCUCAGAUUUUGGCAAAACAAUACCAAAAUCAACAACAAAAGAAUUAGGUAAAAAAAUACUCGUAUAAAUAUACACGCGCUGUGUCUCUGUUCGGGUCAAGUUGAGUUGACUCGGGUCGAGUUGUGUAGAGUUGAGUUUAAUCAAAAUUUUACUACCGAUCUCAAAAAUGUGAAUUAACCACCCUUAUUUUUGUUCCGCUGGGGAAUUUAUAUAUAGAAAAACAAGUAAGCAGAUGAUCCAAGAAGAGUUGUUUAUAUUA